GUAAUACAUAUUUCUGAGCCGUACUUAAAUGCAUCAUCCCAAAACGUGGAAACGGAAAAACACACCUCUGCGCUUUUUCUUCGAUUUUUCUGAGCUUUAAACCGUUGUUUCCUCUUUAAGUGAAAGGAUGUGGAAACUCCUCGUGUUUAUCUUCUUAACCUUCCAAACAGUAUCCAGUCAGGGUCCUUGUGAAGUUGUGAUCAGCCCCCAACAGAGUGUGGUUAAGUUUGGAGAUCCCUUCACAGCCACCUGCAAUGCCUCAGGCAGUGAGAUUGAAGGAAUGGGUUGGGAGUCUCCACAUUUUGGCAAAUCGCUUACAGAAGGGAUUUCUUCUUUGCCACUUCAAAUCGACAAAGUGGAGGUUUGGAAAAUUGAUUUGAUGUGCUAUGCCACUCCCUCUGAUGGUGACCAGUGUACAACAGACCUAGAAGUCACGGUUUACAAAACCCCAGAUAGUGUGUCUGUAUCCGAGUCCCUUGAUGAAAUUGGCGUCAUGAGGGAGGGUCAGCCAUAUGAAAUAGAGAGUUCGAUUUUGAAUGUCGCACCAAUAAGAUACCUCUCUGUGAUUUGGUACAUUGGAAGUGUAUUUGUUUAUGAAGAACAUUUUGAGGGUUCGGAUGAUGGUCCUAUCAAUGUGUUGUCUGUCCUCAAAAUGACGGCCAAUGGAAGCCAUGAUGGAAGUGAGAUCUGGUGCACUGCUAAGCUCAACUUGCGGACAGAGGGUGGUCCUCCUUCAAGAGAAUCAGUUCAGCAUCGGUUGACUGUACUCUACACACCCGUUUGCUCUGAGCCUGCAAACGAGACGCUGGAAAUUCCUGCAAGUGGAAAUGUAACGUUAAACUGCAGCGCCAAAGGGAAUCCGAAGCCAUCGUACAGCUGGCAUUACCCUCAAAACAUGCCAAACACAGCCAUAAACGGGAACCACAGCAUCCAGACUCUGUCCUCUCCACCUCCGGGGGUCUACACUUGUACUGCCUCAAACUCCCAGGGCACCACCGUCAAAUAUUUCACUCUCAUUGAAGCCGAAAGAGAUCAAACAACCUUUGGAGUCCUGUUGGGAGUAUUUUUGACCCUUAUUUUUAUCCUAACUGUUGGCGGUGCACUUUUCUGGAGAUUUAGAGGGGGAUUUUCCUUCAAAAGCUGUCCUCCAAGAAGAUCUUCUGUUAUAUGAGGAGGAUUUGGAGUUUUGAAAAUUCUAUUUCAGCAUUCUGAGAUGUUGCGAAAAUGUUUCUGGACCUCAAAUGACGGUGUUUGUCCUGCAUGCUCUUUGUGUGUCUUUAAAAACUUUACUAACCAACAUAUGAAAUGAUAACUUAACAAUGGAGCAACUUGACAAUCAGAGCUUUAAAGUAGAACCAUGAGCCCUCUACUUUGUGGUAUUUUUUGAGGGAGAUCUCCUCAUGUUCUUUACUUUCUGUUAAUAUCUCUAUUAGUUGAAUCAAGUUGUAGAUGCCUCACUAACACACAUGACAUUGUUUUUACAACUUCUUAUCUCAUUCUCUAACAUUAUUUUCAACUCGUCGCCAGGGUUAGAGAUAAGAGCGAGAGUUUUCCAAGCCCAGAUUCAGUUAAAUUCUGAGUCACAAAUUCCAGAUUAAAGUGGAGUCUAGUUCUGUAGUUGUUUUUUUAGGUUACUAAACAGUUUUACAAAUGAGAUGGUACAGACAGAUUCUGCAUUUUGAGACAUUAUUUUGACGUCA